UAACGGAUAUACUGAACAAACUGCUGUCAAACAUGAAAAUCCACCAUUCAUGCCGUCGUUUUACAUUGUCAAAGUUCGCUUGAAUGACACUGAAAUUGCACCAAAUCCCCGUGUGAUAUCCGUUGCUGCCUGCUUGCCAUUCGAAUGUACCCAAAAAGACAUUUCUACGAUUGCUAUGCACGCCGAAGUUGCCAGCGAAACUCGUGCCUUGGAAAUUCUCGAAGUGAAAAUCGGUCUCAAGGAGCCCUACGACUUUUGGAAUGACUUUGUGUUCCAACUAGUUUUGGCAGCGACAAUUUUCGUUGCAUUCCUCGUGAUUUUGGGCACGUCGUACGACCUGUUUCUUGCACAACGUUAUGCCAAGAAGUGCAAGGCCACGUCAAACACGAACUCUGAGUCGUCGUCCGGCAUUGGAUGCACUACGUAUGACCUCUCGAACGCCAGUCCAGACAAGAAGAACUCCGCUAUUGGGAUUUCCAUUCCAACAGGCGUGAAUAAUAACAACUCUGAUGAGCAUCUUGCCAUCGAGCAACUUAGUGACGCUGAAGACAAAAUGAGUAUUUUUGAGGAGCUGAUUUUAUCAUUUUCCGUCAUCUCUAACUGGAGAACGAUCUCCGACAAGAGUGUUGGUGGCGAUACCAUUUCCUGCAUUCACGGUAUGCGAGCUUUGUCGAUGUUGUGGAUUAUUUUAGGUCACACUUGCAUCAUUCUCGCCAAAUAUGCGGACAACAUGGAUUACCGUCGUUAUGUCGAAACAAUUUUCGCCUUCCAGUUCAUCGCUAACGGUGCCUACAGUGUCGAUACCUUCUUCUUCAUCAGUGGAUUCCUCGUUUCUUUCAUUUAUUUCCGUUCAAAUGCCAAAGGAAAGUUGGAAAAGCUCUCAAAGGGCUUGAAUGAAUUUUCUGCCGGAACAUUGCACUUCUUCGGACUUCUUGCCUAUCGUUUUGUGCGCUUGACCGUGCCUUAUUUGUACAUGUUGGGCGUUGUAGCUGUCGUUAUGCGUUACUUGCAACACGAGUCAGUCUUUGAUAUGCCAGCAAAUGAUGCGGAAAAUUGCCCGAAAUACUGGUGGAGAAAUAUUUUCUAUAUUAAUACGUUGUUCCCGGUUAAGGAUAUGUGCAUGUUAUGGAGUUGGUAUCUCGCGAACGACACGCAAUUCUACAUCAUCGGUGCCAUCAUCCUCAUUGUCGCCGUCAAGCAUUUCAAAAUUGCCGCUGGUACAGUUUUCAUUUUCCUCUGCUCGGCAUGGGCCACAACGACCUACAUUGCCUUCAGUAACGGUCACAUGCCCCAUUCGGAUGAUCCCUUUGCGCUCUUCGACAAAAUCUACGACAAACCCUGGACUCGCUUGGGACCCUAUUUCAUUGGCAUGGCUGUCGGAUGGAUUUUGUUCAAGACAAAUUGCCAAAUUAAAUUUACGCGGAUGCAAGUUUACGCUGGAUGGACUGCGACAGGCGCCAUUAUGUUUGGACUCGUCUUUGGCUUGUAUAACGUCGAAUUGUCGCCAUUGGUUGCUGCUUUCUACAGUUCCUUCAGUCACUCGUUGUGGGCCUUGGCACACGCUUGGAUCACAAUUGCUUGCAGUACCGGCUAUGGAGGCGUAAUUGAUAACAUGUUGUCAGCUCCCAUCAUUUAUCCCUUCUCGCGUGUCACAUAUUGCGCAUAUUUGGUACAUCCAAUGGUUAUUCGGUAUUUUACUUUGACGUCGGAUAUUCCUAUGCAUUUGGGAAGUGGAACGAUCAUCACCUUCUUCGGACAAGCAAUCAUCUCGUACCUUCUUGCGUUCGCCUUGUCACUCGCCUUCGAGGCUCCCGUCGUAACUGCCCUGAGAAUAUUGUCGACACGUCAAAAGCAUCGUGUGUCAUAAGCAUCUCGUUAAAUAGAACAAAUUUUGUAGAUAUUUAAAAUUAAUAUAAAAAAAAAAAUUAACUUUAUACGACAACAAUCAACAAGAUUUACAAGAAAAGACUUUCCAGUGUUUUAUACAGAGACAAUAGAAUUUAGAUUUAAUUGGUACCUUUGCACAUAAUUUUUUUUUUUUAUUAUUUUACAUAAUUUUGCAUCAAACAUUGUUGUAUAAUGUACUGUAAUUUAACAAUAUUUAUAAGACAAUACUCCAUGAGACAAGAAAAUUCUCAAAAAUGACAUUAUUAUCCCGUUUUUCUUCUUUUUUAAUGAGUUUUUUUGUGUGGCUGUGAAUGAUGAAUGAAUGGCUUUUCAAAAUAGGGGUUUGCUGUUAAUAAAAAGCGAUGAUUGUGUGAAUAAAACUUGUUUAGAUAAGUAA